CUGUAAUGCCUUACUUUCCAUAUUCGAAACAAAUGGUAGCCAAUUUACUUUCUGUCGCCGGUGUGGAUCAUAUUAUCACAAUGGAUCUUCACGCUUCACAAAUGCAAGGUUUUUUUAAUAAACCAGUUGAUAAUUUAUAUGCUGAACCUUCAAUUGCUAAAUGGAUUCAAGAUUCCGUACCUGAAUAUUCUACCGGUGUCGUAGUUAGUAAGAAUGCGGGUGGAGCAAAAAG